UACGGUUUGUGCUGUCACUUUCACUGAUGAAGCCUAGUUUGUGAACUAUUUUGCAUGGUCUAACUGACACUGUCAAGUUCACUUACUUCGUUUCGUCUUUGGCCUCUCGUUGAGAGUAGGCUUUACAACUGUCAAGUUCGUGAAAUAGUUUAUGCUGUGAGUUUAAAUCGGCCAAUUUUGUGAAUUGUUAUCUUUUAUUGUGAAAUUUGUGUAGCCAAGUGUUUUGGCACUUCAUGACCUUGUUGUGUUGCAAGUGCUGUAAUACUCUUACUGAAGCUGAAAAAACCCGCCUAGUUUAGGAAUUAUUUUGUGUGACUUAACCCACAAAUACCGCGGUGAUUCUGUGACGAGUGAUAUAUUGACUUGCUGAUCCAGUGGUUGGGUUUGUGAACCUCCCCUGAGAAUACACCAAAGACUUGUAGACCGUUCAUCAUGGACCCUACCAAUACUGACAACAUGGACACCUCAUCAGACAGCUCUGAACCUUUGAACAAGCGGCGCAGCAUUGAAAAUGGUCGCCAGUCGCCGCCCUUCUCCCCGACCCGGACCAAAUUGGCGCGUCAGCCCCGGCCGUCUGAGUUCGACGAGGAGCUGGUGAAGACCGGGGAGACUCUGUCCUCCUUCAUGUGGGACGUGGCGCCCGCAGACUUCGAGGUGCCGCGCUACCCCAUACAGGAGAAGGAGACCCGGGAGUACUUCGAGAGGCAGUUGUCGCAGAGCGCCGUGCCCCCUGCGGCCUCGGCGACGGCUGUGGUGCCACCCGCCGACCGCCCCCAGGCUCACAAGGCGCGCCACCUAGGCCACCUGCCCCGCAUCGACAGCGUGAUCCCCAGCCAGGUGGCCAGUGAGCUGGAGGAGGAGUAUGACCUGCUGCCGGACUUCCAGAGGAUCAACAUCAGCGGGGAGGACACCAGUGGGAUCUUUCCACGAGUGACUGCUCGCUUCCUGGACAGCCUGGAGGGGGAGGAGACAUUUGUGGGCGUCAAGGCCGGCUACUCCAAGGUCACCAGUCUAGAAGACAGCAGCUCGGCGUCCCUAACGACCGCCUCCUCUGGUGAACUGUGUGGUCUCGGGGAGGAGGACACCAACACAGACGCCAGCGCCAAAAGUCUCCGGCUAGACCACCCUAUCCACCCACCACCGACAUCGGGUGACCCUUUCAAACUGGAGUUUGAACCCCCAGCCAACUGCGUGCUGCGCUUCAAGCAGGGAGUCAUGUGUGUCUAUCCGUCGGAGGAGGCAUAUAGCCAGGGCACACCCUUUGACUGGCCGCACCCCGACCUGGCAGAGUUUAUCAAAGACCAGAACAUGAUGUUUGCCCUGAUCAGUGACGGGCCGCUGUGGACACCCACGUGCAUGCCUCCUCGGGCAUGAACCAGAAGCACCUGCUGCGCUUCAUCAAGAAGACGAUGAAAGACUGCAAGGACGAUGUAGUCUGCCGCAACAGGGAGGGUCAGGGAAUGACCUUGGCGCAGGUCAGUGGUGUCAGGCCACGGGAGAAAGGACAGGGUCUGAAGGUGUUCAAGUCAAUGAACCUAACGCCAUAUGAUCUUAGUGUGGAUAUGCUGGAUGUCCAUGCGGAUCGGAACACAUUUCAUCGGUUUGAUAAAUUCAACGCCAAAUACAACCCGAUAGGCGAGAGUCGUCUCCGGGAGGUCUUUAUGAAAACCGACAACCAUAUCGGAGGACAAUACUUUGCUAAAGUUAUCAAGGAGGUCAUGGAGGACCUUGAGGAGAGCAAGUACCAGAACGCCGAGUUCCGCCUGUCCAUCUAUGGCCGCUCCAUCGACGAGUGGGACAAGCUGGCCAAGUGGGCUAUCGCACACCGCAUGUACUCGGAUAACGUGCGCUGGAUGGUGCAGAUGCCCAGGCUAUAGUGCCAGUCCUACAGUACCUGUUCUACCUGUCCCACAUCGGGAUCGCGAUGUCUCCCUUGUCCAACAACUCCCUGUUCCUCAACUACCACCGUAACCCGCUGCCCGAGUACUUUAGCCGAGGCCUCAACGUAUCCCUCUCCACUGACGACCCGCUGCAGUUCCACUUCACAAAGGAGCCGCUGAUGGAGGAGUACAGCAUCGCAGCCCAGGUGUGGAAGUUCUCCACCUGCGACAUGUGUGAGAUCGCCCGUAACAGCGUGCUGCAGAGUGGCUUCCCCCACGAGGUGAAAAAACACUGGCUGGGCCCCAACUAUGUCAACGAGGGAAUCGGAGGCAAUGACGUGAGCCGUACCAACGUGCCAGACAUUCGCGUCGCAUACCGCUACGACACACUGGUAGAUGAGCUACGUUGUAUCUGCCGAGGUGCCAAGGGAAGCGACCAUGGGGAUGGGGUUGCCAUGAAACCGCUGUAAAUACGUUCCGAGGAGAGCUGUUGAGUUGAAAAAAAUAGGAGAACAAAAGUGAGAAAGAAGUAAUGGAGAUAUAAAUUUGAAAAACACUUUCAAUGGCCUGUGUUCUUUUUAUUCUGAGUGGUACAGUUGAAUUUUGUUUUUUGUGCAGACUUUCAAGCUGUAAAAUUUUUUUUACUCAUGUUUGUUUGGUAUAUUUUGUAAUAUUAUUGUAUUGAAAUAAGUCGAUAAAAUGAGAUAAUGUUUAAUACAAACGCUUUACUCUUAGUGAAAAACAUUUUUUGUCAGUGACGACAGAUAAUGAAAAAGUCAUAAUAGAUCUAGAAGUCUUCAUGCUCUGGCUUAAUAUUUAGUUUUUAUAAAUGAUAAGACUUUGGAUUCUGAGAAUAUUUCAGAAUGAAACAAAGAGUUGUUGCAAAGGUCACUAUGACCAUUUGCAUUUAAUUUUGCCAAAUGUUUCUUGUAAGUAUUGAGUAGAAAGAUGGGAAAGAGUUGCAAAGUUUUUUCCUGUUUGUGUUUAUGUGAAAAUGUUCCAGUUUGAUUAUUUUUUACUCUAUUUUUGUUCCAGAAAUGGGAGACUUUCCAGUUUUUUUAGUGGAACUUUUACUUUGAAUGGGAGACUUUCAGCGUUUUUUUUGUAUUCUUUUUAAAAAAUUUACAUAUUAGCCUUAUGACAAUAUCAAUGACUUUGAACUACAUAUCAAUGAGAUUAUGAAUGCUUUUUGAAUAUUUUUUUUUUCUCUCUUCAUCCUUCUUUCAAUUCAAGUAGCAGUAUUUUCCUUAUCAAACGCUUAUUCAUGCAUAUUGUAAUGCAAGUUGGAAUAGCACAAAAGUACUUUUUAGCAGCAUUGUCUGUUAGUUUCGACAAGCGUCAUUGAUAUCUUUUGAGAAUGUCUGUUGCUGUUGCUGUUGUUGUUGUUGUUAACCAAUGCCGUUUUGGGAAGCCAAAGAUUAUAGUAGUCAGUCCAGAAUUCUUUGUGUUCGUUCAUUCCAUCUUGUACAGCUGAGCUACCUCUGGACACCGCAGAACUAGUCAAAUGGCCUGUUUUCUCGCCAUUUUGUGCCAUCCUGAUGAUGUGUUUAAUAGUCUUUUUAUUUUCUUCCCUUUUUUUGUUUUCUUUUUCACAGACCUGAUGUUGAGAAUGUUAGGGCAAUCUUUUCUUGAUGCUUUUUUCCCCCUGUGGGUUUGUCAGUUCUUUUUCAUGUAUCGGAGGUGUAGAUUUUCAGGAUAAUUUUGGAAUCCAGAUUUCUGAUAUAAUGCUUGUCAUAUUAUUGCAAUCUACAUGAAGAUAGUUUUGACACAAGCUGUAUUUGACAACAUUACCUGUAACUUUGGAGAUUUUAGUCCUCGUACGUGCAUUUCCAUUGGGUCCAUAAAAUUGAGAAUUUUUUUUCAUAGCCAGUUGGCAGCUCCAAUGUAUUGAUGUUAUUGGCUUGGACGUCUCGGCGGUCUUAUCUCACUGAUGACGGGGAGUUUGUGGUGAUCAGACAGAAAGGCAUUACAGAUUGGUUGAGGGGGAGGGGGAGGGGGGGGGGGGGUUGAGGCAUUCUGUUUGACUGCUGGCUCAAACUUGGGGGAUUGGAGAGGGAGGCGGGAAGUGAGGUGGUUGUGACUGUUUUUUUAUAUUGACUACCUUAUGCCAUUGGUAUAAUGUUUGGUUAUCAUAGUCAUUUUUGGAAAAAACCCAUUUAUUUUGAGAAAAAAGGCGUUGAAAAUUUAGAAGAUGCUCAAAUUUAGCAGACGUAACUCGGUCAUUUUUCAUUUUGAAAAGUGACGUAUGACAUUCUUACAGUGAGUAGUCGAAAUGAAAACGAAGGUGGCAGUGACUACAAUAAAUAUAUGUUAAAAGUUUUGCUUGCUCAAAAGUCGCACAAAGACAACUUGCUCUCUCAAUUAUGACUUAUUCACGUUCAUAAUACAAAUCAUUUUACGCAGAAUAGUAAUAAUAAUAGACAUCACCGUCAUGACCGAAGUAUAUAUCUCUUCCACCGUCAUGACUGAAGUAUAUAUCUCUUCCACCGUCAUGACUGAAGUAUAUAUCUCUUCCACCGUCAUGACCGAACUAUAUAUCUCUUCGUGUAGAAAAGAAAACGUCACUGUUUCAUGAAAGACCGCUGCCAGAAGUCCGAAAGUGGCAUUAAAAUUUUUUUUAAAUGACUGGUUGCUUUGUAAAUAACAGUUGUACUGUACCUAUGUUCUAGUUCUACUCAGCUUGGUGUAUAUAGCGUGCCUUGCACAAAGACUCCACAGCUCUUCCCACUGAUGUUCACUUGAAUUGAUUAAUGAAGGGAAGUAUUGAAGUAU